AUGAAGAACUUGCACUCGUUUGUGGCCCUUUUCGCGGCUUUCUCAUUAACAACAACACUCACACUCGCUGCUGAAGUUACAAAUGUCUUUCAAAGUUUUGAUAGUUUAGUUUUUCAAAAUGGAGGAUCGUAUCGUUACUCCACACCUGCUACUCCAAGUUGGGUUGCAACCUUGUCCUGGCAGAUUUUGGGUUCAAAUGUUCAGCCAGGUGAUACUUUCACAUUGAACAUGCCUUGUGUUUUCAAGUUCACAACUUCACAACCUAGUGUCGAUUUAGAUGUGGGUGAUACAGUGUAUGCUACUUGUCAAUUUGCUCCUGGUGAUUUGGUUGUUCCUUAUUCGCAAUUGAAAUGUGUUGCUAGUAACAAUGUGAAGCCCAGCACUGAUGCAACAGGAUCGGUGCACUUCCCUGUCACUUUCAACGUUGGUGGGUCCGCUGGAGAUGUCGAUUUGCAAGACUCAAAAUGUUUCACCCCUGGUACAAAUCAAGUCACAUUCACCGACGGUGACAAACAAUUGACAACAACUGCAAAUUUCCAAAGUGGUGUCAACACAAACACUGGUGGCUCUACUGAUAACAUUGUAUUCUACAAUAGAGUUGUCCCUUCGUUAAACAAACAACAAUUGUACUUGCUUGCUGGAAAUUGUCGUAAUGGGUAUAGUAGUGGUACUUUGGGUAUCACAGUCACUGGAGGUACCCUUGACUGUAAUUCUGUUCACAAAGCCAUUACAAAUCAAUUGAACGCUUGGUUGUUGCCAGAAACAGCUGAUGCAAUUUCAGCCUCUGCCACCUGUAGUGGAAGUUCUUACACUAUCAACUACAACAACAUCCCUGCUGGAUACAGACCAUAUUUGGACAUUUUGGUCUCAGUUCCAACUGGUCAAAGAUUAACCACACAAUUCACAAACAGAUACUAUUGUGCUGGCAGUGUUUUCCCCACUGACAACUCACAAACUACUUAUUGGUCACCAUACAAUAAUAACGACGCUGGUGCUAAUGGUAACGAAGUCGUGGUCACCACUGUUACGUAUUACGGAUCUACUACAUUGGUCACUACUUUACCAUACAACACCGCGCCGGGAAACACCAAAACCAUUGAGGUUGAAGUUCCUAUUCCAACCACAACUGUUACGUCAAGCUACACUGGUGUUUCAACGUGGACCACUACUAUUACUGCUACUCCGGGAAAGACUGCUACUGUUAUUGAAUGGGAUCCUAUCACUCCGUCGGAACCACCAAGCAGCUCCUCAGAACCUCCAAGCUCCUCAGAACCACCAAGUUCUUCAUCCGAGCCACCAAGCAGCUCAUCGGAACAACCAAGCAGCUCAGAAUCUCCAAGCUCAUCGGAACAACCAAGCAGUUCAUCGGAACCACCAAGCAGCUCAGAAUCUCCAAGCUCAUCGGAAUCUCCAAGCUCUUCUUCCGAGCCACCAAUUUCUUCAUCUGAGCCACCAAGCAGUUCAUCGGAACCACCAAGCUCAUCGGAAUCUCCAAGCUCUUCCGAGCCACCAAUUUCUUCAUCUGAGCCACCAAGCAGUUCAUCGGAACCACCAAGCUCAUCGGAAUCUCCAAGCUCUUCAUCCGAGCCACCAAGCAGCUCAUCGGAACCACCAAGCAGUUCAGAAUCUCCAAGUUCUUCAUCGGAACCACCAAGCAGCUCAGAAUCUCCAAGCAGCUCAGAAUCUCCAAGCAGCUUAGAAUCUCCAAGCUCAUCUGAACCUCCAAGUUCUUCAUCGGAACCACCAAGCAGCUCAGAAUCUCCAAGCAGCUUAGAAUCUCCAAGCUCAUCUGAACCUCCAAGCUCUUCAUCUGAGCCACCAAGUUCUUCAGAAUCCCCAAGCUCCUCAGAAUCUCCAAGCUCAUCUGAGCCACCAAGCAGUUCAUCGGAACCACCAAGUUCUUCUUCCGAGCCACCAAGCAGCUCAUCGGAACCACCAAGCAGUUCAGAAUCUCCAAGCUCCUCAGAAUCUCCAAGCUCCUCAGAACCACCAAGCUCUUCAUCAACUGAUUUAUCCUCAUCUGUGGGAGUUCCACCAUACCAAAAUAGCACCAGUGCUUCGCAACCCUCUUCAGGACCAAGCAGCAUUCCUUCAGAAUUGUCGUCUAUCCCAAUCACUUCAGAACCAAGUAACACUGGCUCACAACCAGCAUCAUCCAACACUGGCACUGGUAACUCGUCACCAUCACAACCAGCAUCAUCCAACACUGGCACUGGAAACGGAUCUGGAUCAGGCAAUGGAUCUGGAAACGAACCAAACCCAACAGUCUCUCAACAAGAACCAUCUAGCCCAUCAACUUCCACCACCAACACAAACACCAACUCACCAAUCAUAUCCAACUACGAAGGUUCAGGAUCCACCCAUGUUGUAUCUUCUUUCUUGACUGGAUUAUUCAUCAUCAGUGCCUUAUUCUACUAG